CUGGCCAGCCAGCGCGAGGAGGCAUUUCCUCUUCCCCGGCGAGGGGGUGUGUGUGUGUCUAAUGAUGUGGCAGUUUCUUGGGUGAGUCUAGUUCCAAUCAAGCUCUCUCAGUCCUCAUCUGACCUGCCGGGAGCCAUCUCUGCCGAGUUCUGCCCUGAGGCUCAGGGCUUCCCCCCAGACAUGAACGGGACUGCCAUGGCGACGGGGACAUGAAGGUGCGCGUCCCUGCUGCCGCCAUGAACGUCUCCGCCCUGAGCAGCCCGCCUGCGCCUGCGCACAUGGCUGGGUUGACCCCAGGCUCCGUGACCCGGGCGGUGACGAAGAAGGCCGACGCCCUCCCCACCAUCACCGUCAUCGUCGGCCUCUUCGUCCUCUUGGCCGUGCUCAUCAUCGUGCUGGUGCGCUACGGCUCGCAGCUGCGCGUACUACAGCUCACCCUGCGCCACGAGCCCAUGCCGCAGGACCUGGAGCACGGGGUGCGCCUGACAGACUGGAAGAAACUGGGCUCCACGCGGAAAAGCAGCACCCAGCCCGCACCGAGCUUCCAGGGCGAGCCAGGCAGCCACGCGGCCGCCACGUGGCCCGUCCCGUGCUCCUGUGCACACCAACCGCUCUGCGGGAAUGCGGAGCCCAACGUCAUAGAGAUCAGCUACCUGUGACCCCACCCGCCGGGGCUGGGCAGCCGCCAGGGGGGCUGGGGC